AUGUGCACAACAGCUGCACCUAUGUAUUUUCCAUCUUAUCGCUUGCACGAUACUGUUUUUGUCGACGGUGGAGUUCAAGCUAAUAAUCCAGCAAUGUGUGCCUAUACUGAGGCAUGCAAGAAAAAUAUCAAACGUGAGGAUAUUUUUAUUCUAUCUCUUGGUACCGGCGAUUAUGUACCAGAUCCAUUGAAUCCGAAUGCUAAGCGACAUCUUUUAUUUUGGUUAACUCAUAAGCGUGAUGUUAUGAAAGUCAUUUUGAAUGGUCCACAACAUAAUAUUGAGUCUCAAUUAAGUAAUAUAUUAGGUAGUGAUCAGUAUAAUCGAUGGCAGAUUUUACUUGAAAAACCAAUUUCACUUGACGAUAUAAGCAAAGAAAGUUUAGACAAUCUAAUAGAGCUUGCUCGUGCUUAUUUUGACGAAAUGGAUGCUUCUGAUAUAGAUUGUGUCGACGAUUGUCUUCAUUUACUUGAUGGUCGUUUCGAUCAAUUUCGUGUAUUAUCACCGCGUUCUCGUACAAUCUCAAUAAUACAUAAAGAAAAACUAUUAAAUUUAAAAUGUUUUUCAUUAUCCUGUAAUUUGAAAAUAUACUUUUAUGAUGAAGCAGUUAUACCAUUUUUACAUCGAAUGCCAAAUUUAGAAGAACUUCGUUUUUAUUUUAAAUGUUCUCGUAAAAAAUCAUUUGUUGAUGGAAAUGAUUUGACAGCAAAUAUUAUUAAGCAUUCUAAUCAAAUUGAUUUAUUAACAAAUGAACAUAUCGAAAAUACAUUUAGAGGAUUUCCAAAUAAUCAAAUUAUUUUCUAA